UCACAACCCCUCGUGGCUGCAAACGCGUAGUCAGCUUACAUAUCACAGAGGGAGCAUAUCUGUAUCUUCCAGUGCUUUAAAUUUAAAUAAGACAGUUCUAUUGUGGAAGGUACGCUUUUUACAGUCCUUAUUUUGUAUGUGUUAAAGUGGCGUUUGCGACCCUUAAGGUCGACCCUCAUACUACAUUUUAUGGACAGAUGGAACUCGAUCACAGGAAAACCCAUACUCCUGCCUGUAUCCAAAUAUUUGAUUGAACGUUUGAAAGGCAGGUGUCCAUCAGUAGGGUAUGAGCGGGUGUAGGUAGUCGGAUGGCCGCAUGGGCAGCCUACCGGACCUGACGGAACGCACGCGGCACUGCCGGCCCGCCGCGCGCACCGUCUCCGACCCACAUAGGCACCGCACUGUCGUCCCUCAGAUACCAGUGAGCACAAUUUACAAGAAAGAGUGGCCAUGGAGAAAAACGAAAACUCCAAUAAAAAUUCCGGUUGUAAAUGUGAACAGACGACGCGAGUCAGCAGCAUCCUCUCUCGGUGCCGCCUCCGUACGCCGCCUCAUCACCCGACAACCGCAGAAGAUACCCAAACUUAUCAUCACACGGUUCACCCUCCUCUGUGUAGCCAGCGGCCUGUGCUCCACGGCCAUACUCCCCUUUACAGCAUACGCAGGGGCAGAGGCUGGAGCCAUGCCGCUCGCUGUGAUGCACACUGUCGCUGCGGUAGCGGCACCGUUUUCUCCCUUAAUUCUCCAGAAAACCGGCACAAGACACGUGAUCACUCUGUCACACAUGCUAGUGUGCGUUCUCUUAGUAGCACACACAAUCGCUACACCUCUGUCAAUUCUGCUUUGCCUAUACGCAAUCUGUGGGGUGAUGCUGUCUCCUAUGGAACUAGCUUUAGCAGCAUCCGCGACAUCGUUUGCACAAGCUGCAGGCGAUGAGAGUAGACGGAAGAUUGCAUUACGUAGGGCGUUGAGAGCUCUUCGAGCGACGCAGGAUGUAGGUCUGGUGGUUGGAUCACUGAUGCUCGGUGGAGCGUUGCUCAUUUGGCCCGAGGAUCUGAUGCCGCUCCUGCAAUUACCUAACACGAAGCAGAACUUUUCGACACCAGGAUGGCCGCCGUCUGAAGAUGAUUUGGUUGAAGAAGAUAUUGAGGAGAGAACGUGCGGCGCGUCGGGCUGUCCAGACGUGCAAUCUCUGGUCGGCACAGCCCUGAGCGCGGAGGGGCGCAGGGUGAUCGUCGCGGUGUGGGCCGGGCUGGCAUUAGCGGCCGCGUUCCUGGCCCUGUACGGGGCGGCCUCCACGCCCUCCCCGCCGCCCGACGCCAGGUCCGUGCUGAGAGACCCGCGGACGCUGCUCGGCGCUCCGAUGGGACUCUUCAUUGGAUUGCAACAGGGUUUUAUUUAUACGUCUUAUAUUAAGUGGUAUGGUGUAUGCGUCGGGGGCUGGAGCGAAGCGUGGCGGGCGCUAUGCGGUGCCGGAGCGCUUCAAGCGCUUGCAGCGGCCACACUGAGCAUGGCUGCGGCUAGAGGCAGGCGCGGCGCGCUCGCUGCGGGCGGGGCUGCGGCGCACGCGUCGCUGCUACUAGCACUGCUGCGCUGGAGGGCGGCCAGAACGGAUUUAGCGCUGCCUACUGUCGCCGCUGCUGCAUGGGGCGCGUGUGCUGCCUUGUGGGAUGUUUUGCAGAGCGGCAUAUGCGUCGGCGGGCCCGGCUGGCGCGGCCCCUGGUCUUCCACGCUGACGGCGCGGCACAUCGGCCUCGCCCUGGCGUGCGGCGCGCGGCAGGUGCUCUGCGUGCGCACGCAACUCGCUGGACUCGCUCUGGCGCUCUUCACUGCACUAACUUCUCAUGCUGCCCUGGAACUGCGCCUCAGAAGAGACAUGCGACACAGAUCCUGACGUUACGGCCACAGCUCCGACCGAGAGGAUAUCGCAUUCCACGUUAUCGCUUGAACCACUAAAUACUGAACAGUUUCUUAUUUGCGAACAGAUUGUUCUAGCUUCUUUGUUGUGUUCAUGAGGUCGGACUUCGUUUAUCGAAGUGAGUUUUCUUUGAAGUUAUGAAUCGAGCGGUAACUCUAGUGUGGAUAUUGAAAACAGACUUUUGGUAUAUCGCCUAGGCUAAAUCAAGCUGAAGACGAGGUGUAAUGUGGUUAUGUAAAUAUUGAAUGUCAAAUGACUUUAAAACUAUUUCUUCGACUCCUCUCGAGUGCUGACUGCGGGCAUGUGCAAUUGAAUUAAGAAAGUGCAAGCAAAUAUGAGCACUAUCUACGUAGAUUAAGACCUACUAUACUUCUUGAAAGUUUAAUUAUUGUACGGGUAUAUAUUUUUUCUAAAAUUUUACCUACUGUUCAUUCUUUCACUUUCAUACAUCCCACAGCAAGGGCAUUGACAAAUCUAUAUCAAUUUAGUUAAAGUAUAAGUUAAGGCGCGCGAUUAUUUGUUUCGCAAUGUGCGACUUCGCGCGGGUUGCAAAAAUGAUGUCAAAUAUACAUGCGGCCUUUUGUGUCACUCCUAUCGACUCUAUGCCCCGCACAGGGUAUGUUUCUUGAAUGCUGUGAAUGUUUAAUGUUAGAUAUACACAAUCAAUGUACUUAAUUAAGAUUAUAUGUAGGUUUUGUAAUAUUUUAUUCUAAAACGUCUACUAUCUCAAUCAUAUUUUUUAAUUCAAUUCUUCAAUAGAUGUAAAAUAUUGUAUGUUUUUACUGUGAAAUCGUUGAAAUUGUGCAUUGAAGUGGAUGGUGUUUGUAAGUGAUCCUUUCUCAAAUUCUGACCCCGUUACAAAAUGUCAAAUAUUUAGAUUGAUACAGAGAAUAAAUAUUGA